UAGGGCUGGGCUAGCCAAGGUUGUUCCUCCCAAAGAAUGGAAGCCUCGAACCUCCUAUGAUGACAUCGACGAUCUGGUCAUCCCUGCACCCAUCCAGCAGCUGGUGACUGGCCAGUCCGGCCUCUUCACUCAGUACAAUAUACAGAAGAAAGCCAUGACUGUUCGUGAGUUCCGCAAGAUCGCCAAUAGUGACAAGUGCGUGGAGACGCUUUGGGGGGAUUUCAUUUCAUUCUGCUUUGGCUUUGAGACACGGUUUGGCUGUGGAGCCUAGGCCACCCUCAUCCUCCAAGCGCAACACUUACAGGCUCAGCAAGUAGAAAUACACACACACACACACACACACACACCCCAUCUUAACAUCUUGGCCUAGAAUUGCCUCUUUUAAAAAGUUUUUGCACUUUAAUUUUGUUUCACAGGUAGCUCUGGCUAGCCUGGAACUGGAUAUACAAACCAGUGUUGACCUCGAAGGGACCCUCGUGCCAGUACUUCUGAGCACUGGGAUUAGAGGUGUGCGCCACCACUUCCAGACAUUAUUUUAUUUAUAUCUAAGUAUGUGCAGGCGUAUGCGUGCCACACAUACAUGUAGCAGUCAGAGGACAGCUUUCAGAAAUGAGUUCCCUCAGAUCGUCAUGCUUGUCACGAGCCGUCUCUGGCCCUGGGACUGCUUCCUCGUAGUUGUCCAAGGGUGCCGAUGUCUUACUGAAGAAGGCUGACAGUCAGGCGUCCUUUCCCACUUCUGCUCUUUGUAUGGAAGGCUUUCUCCUCAGCGUUAUGCCACAGUCUAAACUUCUUUGCAUUGUGUUUUAAAUAUUUGAUUCAUUUAUUUUAAUUCAUUUAAUUAUUUUGGUUUUUCGAGACAAGGUUUCUCUGUGUAACUUUGGCUUAGAACAUUCUGUAUAACCAGGCCUGUUUCUGCCUCCUGAGUUCUGGGAUUAAGGUGUAUGCCGUUCCCAUCUUUGUCUUUUUCAAAACAGGCUCUUAUAGUAUCCUGGGCUAGCCUGUGGUUCAUUUAUAGCCAAGGAUGACGUCCUGACCCUUCGGCCAGUGCUGGAAUUAACAGGCUAAACCUAUCCGUGCUCUUUUUUCAAACAUUCAUUCAUUCAUUCAUUCAUUCAUUCAUUCACUGUGGGAGUAAGUGAGCAUGCAUGCCUUGGCCCUUGUGGAAAUUGAAAAAACAGCUCUGGGAGUCACUUCUCUCUGCCGUAAGGGUCCCAGGGAUCAAACUCAGGUCAUCAGACUUAGAGGUAGUUACUUUUACCCACCAAAGCUUCUUGCUAGCCUUACUACUACUACUACUACUACUGCUACUGCUACUACUACUGCUACUGCUACUGCUACUACUUCUUCUCUUUCUCCUCCUCCUCCUUCUCCUUCUCCUUCUUCUAAAUGUUUUAUUAUUAUUAUUAAUUAAUUUAUUUAUUUAUUAUUUGUUUGAAAGUGCCUGUGUGAGGAUGUUGUAUCCUGGAGUUACACAUAGUUGUGAGCUGCCCUGUGGUUACUGGGAUUUGAACCGUGGUCCUCUGGAAGAGCAGUCAGUGCUCUUAAUCACUGAGCCAUCUCUCCAACCCCAGCCAGCUCUUGCUCUUAUAUAAAGUGAUCCUGCUGUUUUCUCAUCACUGGCAGUUAUUUUUUUUCUUAAUUUUUAUUUUAGUGUGUAGGUGUUCCGUCUGCACGUCUGUCUGUCCACCAUGUGCUUGCCUUGUGCAUGUGGAGGUCAGAGGAUGUUGGAUCCCCUGGGACUGGAGUUACAGGUAGUAGUGAGUUUCUGUUGAGGUGCUGGGAAUUUGCCCCAGGCCCUCUGCGAGAACAGAUGCUCUUAAACCACUGACCCAUUCAUUUCUCAAGUACCAGUAGUUUUCUUUCAAAGGUUUAUUUUAUUUUGCCAGCAUAGUAACACACACCUUUAACAACGGGACAGACACAGGAAGAGCUCUGAGUUUGAGGUCACCCUGGUCUAUAUAGCAAGUUCAGGUCAGUCUGAACUAUGUGUCUCACCUGUCUUAAAACAGUGACCGUGUUUUUGUAUUGUGUCUGUAUCCAUGCUAGCAUGUAGGUACCCUCUAGGCGGGGAGGGGUGUCAGACACAUCCGGGGGUGCUGGAGAAUUGGGCAGUUGUGGGUGACCCAUGUGGGUGCUGGGCACUGAACUGAAGCCCUCAGCAAGGUCAGUCAGCCCUCUUAGAGCCGAGCCGUCUCUGCCUCAGAUGCAGUAAGGCUUUGUGUUCGUUUUUUUCUCAUUUUAUUUUUUUUUUUAAAUUAAAAUUUGUUGGUGUGAUGGUACCCAAGGCCUCCUGUAUAGACACAUAGUCUACAGCUCCAGCCCCAGCAGCCUGGUGCAUUUCUGACUAUGGAAAAUUGCAUAGUCGCAGAAGAGAAAGUUGGAGGUGAGGCAAAAGGAGCCGCUUGGGGAUAUAUCAAUCCCGCCUGCUCGUCGGUAAGCGUUUCUGCUCAUUUCCAUUCCCCUUCUGUCUGCCCUAGCGCAGCUAGCACUGUCUCACUGCUAUCGGGGCGCUCGGGAUGUGAAUGGGUAGUCACCACGCUGGUGACUGUUUGACAGCCCUCCCCACGCCAUCUUGCCUUGUUCUUUUCCCAGGGUCUCUGCUUGCUCUGUGGUUUGCAGCCAUUCUGUUCUUUGCUGGUCUUAAGAUUCAGCUCAUCUCGUCCACACCGCUGUGGACGAGGGAUUCUUGUUCCGUGCUUUGCGCUCUGCUCUCUUACGCAUUCUCUCUGAGUCUCCCCACUUCCCACUUUGUUCCUGAGUCCUGCUGGGUCACACAUUCUGGUCUUAGCCUGGCAGUUGGAGCGGCACCUCCAUGACAAGCCCUUGGGCAUGCUCAGUGUACUUUACUGUCACCUUCCCUCCCCAGUGUCUUCUGCCUUCUCUUGUUUCUUCUCGUUAUAGUAAUCGAGAUCUUACCGGGUGUGUUCAUAACUCUUAAAACACCUGCAGUGCUGGCCCGUGAGUGAAAUGUCUGGUGAAGUGUGCGGUGCUCUGGAUGAGAGUCUGAGCCGUCCUUCCUGGCUGCUCUCAGCCGUGCAGUGCGCCAAGCUUGUCUGCUUGCUUUUCCACAUGGGGCCUCCCAGGGCUUCAUCCUCUGUCAUUUGUCUUUUUGAGAAAACUUUCGUUAUCUGAGGUAUGUAUAUGCACUACGUGCAUAGCUGGUGCCUGCGGAGACCAGAAGAGGACAUCAGAACGCUUGGGACUUGAUCCACAGGCAGUGUGAGCCACCAUGUGGGUGCUGGGAAUCUGAUCCAGGUCCUUCCUCUAGGAGAGUAGCCAGUGCCCUUAAUUGUUGAGCCGUGUCUCCAGCCUCCUGUCUUCUCUGCUUGUGAGCACGUGUUAGUUUUCUUCCCUUUUUGUUUGUUUGUUUUGAGACAGGGUUUCUCUGUGUAGUCCUGGCUGUCUUGGAACUCACUGAGAUCCACUUGAUUCUGCCUCCCUAGUGUUGGGUUUAAAGGUGUGUGUCACCGCUGGCCCAGCUCACUUUUAUGUUAAAUCGCACAGAUUAGCCCCAUUCACCCUGGUAUACUUUUGUGAAUAUUACUUAACUACUUGUGUGUGUGUGUGUGUGUGUGUGUGUGUGUGUGUGUGUGUGUGUGUGUGUGUACGGCCUCAUGCAAGCCUUUACUAAAAUGGGCUCCAUUUCCACCCAGCGCCCUGAUACAGAAAAAGCUUUUUGGCCCCUAGCUUCUAUUGUUGCUAAGUAUUUUUCCUCAAAUACUGUUUUCACCCACUAAUUAUCUGUUCAGUGUGACUCUGAGAGGAUGCUGGGAAUGCAGCAUUGACAAGCGAGCUGCUUGGAGCAGUGUCCUUGCUGUGAGUAAUGGUGCUGUUUCUCCUCCAUGGCCUCUCCUCCUUACAUCCCGGAGGCCUUGGCCUCCUACAACACUCCAAGACCUGCGGGGUGCAGCAACCUCUCCAGAGAGAGAGGAGGGUACCACGUUCCUAAAGGGAGAGUAGGUUCAUAUCCAUGCCUGUGACCUUCCCCAGGCUUCCCGUUCCAGGCCUCCAGAGGGAGAAACUGUGUAUUAGAUCUGUCUGAAGUUCACUGUGACCCAGGUAACCCAGGCUGGCUUUGACUCCCAUGGUACUGUACUCCACGGUAUAGUGAAUUUGAAGAACUUGAGCGUAAAUACUGGAAAAACCUCACAUUCAAUCCUCCCAUCUAUGGAGCAGAUGUGAAUGGUACUCUCUAUGAACAGCACGUUGAUGAGUGGAACAUCGGCCGGCUGAAGACCAUCCUGGACCUGGUGGAGAAGGAGAGUGGGAUCACCAUCGAGGGCGUGAACACCCCCUACCUGUACUUUGGCAUGUGGAAGACGUCCUUUGCCUGGCACACGGAAGACAUGGAUCUGUACAGCAUCAACUACCUGCACUUUGGAGAGCCAAAGUCUUGGUACUCUGUUCCACCUGAGCAUGGGAAACGCCUGGAGCGGCUCGCCAAAGGCUUUUUCCCAGGAAGUGCUCAAAGCUGUGAGGCUUUUCUCCGCCACAAGAUGACCCUGAUCUCCCCAUUAAUGCUGAAGAAGUAUGGCAUUCCCUUUGACAAGGUGACCCAAGAAGCCGGGGAGUUUAUGAUCACUUUUCCAUAUGGGUACCAUGCUGGUUUCAACCAUGGCUUCAACUGUGCAGAGUCUACCAAUUUUGCUACCCGUCGGUGGAUUGAAUAUGGCAAGCAGGCUGUACUGUGUUCCUGCAGAAAAGAUAUGGUGAAGAUCUCUAUGGACGUGUUUGUCAGGAGGUUCCAGCCGGAACGCUACAAACUUUGGAAAGCUGGGAAAGACAGCACUGUUAUUGACCACACUCUGCCCACACCGGAAGCAGCUGAGUUUCUGAAGGACAGUGGACUAACCCCAAGAGCUGGGAAUGAGGAGUGCCCAGAGGAGGACUCGGAAGCGGCGGAGCAGGGAGAGGAGGGGGAUGUGAAGAGAAGCCUGGCUAAGCACCGAAUAGGGACAAAGAGACACCGAGUCUGUCUGGAAAUACCACAGGAGGUCAGUCAGAGCGAGCUCUUCCCCAAGGAAGAGCUGAGUUCUGGACAGUAUGAGAUGACAGAGUGCCAGGCCACCCUCGCCCCAGUGAGGCCCACCCACAGCUCCGUGCGGCAAGUUGAGGACAGCCUUCCCUUCCCAGAUUACUCCGACCCCACUGAGGUCAAAUUCGAAGAGCUGAAGAACGUCAAACUAGAAGAGGAGGAUGAGGAUGAGGAGCCGGAAGCAGCUGCACUGGACCUUUCUGUGAAUCCCGAGUCUGUAGAAGGACGCCUCGUCUUCUCGGGCUCCAAAAAGAAAGCCUCCUCCAGCCUAGGCUCCAGUUCCUCUCAGGAUUCAGUUUCUUCAGAUUCCGAAACCACCGAGUCUGUCUCUUGCCAGGGCCAAGAGAAAACAGUUCUCACGGUGCACAGCUACUCCAGAGGAGAUGGCAAGGCUGCCCCAGGCGAGCCGAGUGUGAAGAGGCAGCGCAGCGCCCCCCGCAGCAUCAGCGAGCAGGAGCUGGCAGAGGUUGCAGAUGAGUACAUGCUCUCCCUGGAGGAGAAUAAGAAGACCAAGGGUCGCCGCCAGCCCUUGAGCAAGCUCCCACGCCAUCACCCGCUGGUGUUGCAGGAGUGCGGCAGCGAUGACGAGACUUCUGAACAGCUGACACCCGAGGAAGAGGCUGAGGAGACCGAGGCUUGGGCUAAGCCUCUGAGCCAGCUGUGGCAGAACCGACCUCCAAACUUUGAGGCUGAAAAGGAAUUCAAUGAGCUCAUGGCCCAGCAGGCCCCUCACUGUGCUGUGUGUAUGAUCUUCCAGACCUACCAUCAGGUGGAAUUUGGAGGCUUCAGUCAGAGCUGUGGGAAUGCUUCAGAACCAGCUGCCCAACCUCAGAGGACUAAGCCAUUGAUCCCCGAAAUGUGCUUUACCACAACUGGCUGCAGCACAGACAUCAAUCUGUCCACCCCUUACCUAGAGGAGGAUGGCACCAGCAUGCUGGUGUCUUGUAAGAAGUGCAGUGUCCGGGUCCACGCCAGUUGCUAUGGCGUCCCCCCUGCAAAGGCUUCUGAAGAAUGGAUGUGCUCUCGAUGUUCAGCCAAUGCCCUGGAGGAAGACUGCUGUUUAUGCUCACUGCGUGGAGGGGCCCUGCAGAGAGCAAACGACGACAGAUGGGUUCAUGUUUCAUGUGCUGUGGCAAUUCUAGAAGCAAGGUUUGUCAACAUUGCUGAAAGAAGUCCAGUGGAUGUGAGCAAAAUCCCUCUGCCCCGCUUCAAACUGAAGUGUGUCUUUUGUAAGAAGCGAAGAAAACGGAAUGCUGGCUGUUGUGUGCAGUGCUCUCACGGCCGCUGCCCCACUGCCUUCCAUGUGAGCUGUGCCCAGGCUGCCGGGGUGAUGAUGCAACCCGAUGACUGGCCUUUUGUUGUCUUCAUCACGUGCUUCCGCCACAAGAUUCCCAAUUUGGAGCGAGCUAAGGGAGCCUUGCUGAGCAUCACGGCCGGCCAGAAGGUCAUCAGCAAGCACAAGAACGGCCGCUUCUACCAGUGCGAGGUGGUCAGACUCACCACCGAAACCUUCUACGAAGUCAACUUUGAUGACGGCUCCUUCAGCGACAACCUUUAUCCUGAGGACAUAGUGAGUCAGGACUGUCUCCAACUGGGGCCUCCUGCUGAAGGCGAAGUGGUUCAAGUCAGAUGGACAGAUGGUCAAGUCUAUGGGGCUAAGUUUGUGGCCUCCCACCCCAUCCAGAUGUACCAGGUGGAGUUCGAGGAUGGCUCGCAGCUGGUGGUUAAGAGAGAUGAUGUAUACACACUGGAUGAAGAGCUUCCCAAGAGAGUCAAGUCUAGACUGUCAGUAGCUUCAGACAUGCGGUUCAAUGAGAUUUUCACAGAGAAGGAAGUAAAGCAAGAAAAGAAAAGGCAACGGGUCAUCAACUCAAGGUACCGGGAGGAUUACAUCGAGCCAGCACUGUAUCGGGCCAUCAUGGAGUAGACGUUUCCCGGGUCUGAGAGGUCCCAGCCAUCAAGGCGAGAACACUCUCGGGUUCCACAGCACAGCAGACACUUGGAACUCAGAAGUCUUAGAAAGAGAAGCUGUACAAAGAAAAGGAAUGACAUGUCUGACCCAUCACCUUCUCACUCCUCCUUCAAUGAAUUCUGCCGUGAAAAGACAAGCCGGGCGCUUGGCAGCAGCUGACGCUGACACUGGGAUGCUGUGACUCCAUCAGCGCCCAGUCCAAACCGGUCAGCUGUUCCUGCUGGGCGGAUUGUUGUUUCUUAGCCUAGGACUAGCUUCCUACCACCCACCUGCACCAGCAAGGCAGAGAGGUGCUGGUGCUCAACCCAAUCCCCUUUUGUAUUUAUGUAUGAGUGUGUGAGUGCACGCAUGUACAGGUGUGUACCUGUGUGAGAGCGCUCGAGUGUGCACCUGUGUGCUUGAGAAUGUGUGGGUGUGCAAGCACGUGUGUGUGUGUGUGCGCGAGUGCCUGUGUGCAUGAGUGCAUGAGUGUGUGUGUGGGAGUGUGCUUGAUCUGGACUAGCUUCAGCCAGCCCCUGGGCUUCACUUUCUCCUUUGCCUCUGCAGGGCAAACAAAAUGUGAAAUUCUGCCCUCAGCUAAGCUGAGUAAGGGCCCUGGGGGAUGGCUAGAGGUUGGUUGCCAUCUGUCCCUUCCUGGACCGAUUUCAAGAGAGUGCUGGCAAAGCUGCAGUAUUGGGAUGCUAAGGAGCUGACUGCCACCUCUGUCCACCCUUGGAGUAGAACUCAGAGGUUCUGUACUAUGAGCCCACAAACUUCAGGCACGGAAGCCCCUGUGGCAGUGUUAGAGGGUGUGGGUGGGGCCUACCUUGAAGGGAGAAUUUUAAUGAUGGAAACAGGCAGAGCCUGGUGGGUAAUUUUUGUGCAGGGGAAAAAAUUGCAGUUAUGCAGGGGCUAUCUGUGGGUUAGGAUGAACUGGGGCCACUGGAGGCCAAGGGCAGGUGUAGCCACGCCCUUGGUCAGGGGUGGGGUGGGGCUGAUUGAGGGUGGGGGGGUGGGACUGGAGGGCAACAUUGAAGGGGUUAAACAGGUUUUUGCUCCUCUUGAAUUUGUUUGCCUGGGCCCAAUAUUGGAGGGCUUCAUACCUUGCUCUGUAUACAGGAGUCAGAUUUAUAAUACUUCCCCUUUUUUGUUACGUAUGAACUCUAUAAACCAAAUUAUUUUGAAAA